AUGGUCUUUCCCCUCCAGUGCCUCGCGGAACUCCUUGACCUUUGCUCGUUGGCCUACUUUUCGAAGGAGGGUAUUAAAGCGUUUUCGCGCAGCCUGCUAAGUUCAUCCUGGGCUUGCGAAGAAGAUUUGAUUCGGUUCCUCAUUCAAACCGAAGCGAUGAAUCCUGGCAUUGCCUCGAUUGUGGCCCUGCCGCGACUUUGCCGAAACAUGAUUGCUGGAAUUCAAACUAUGCUACAGGAUAAGUUGCUGCUUUACAUCCUUGCCAUACGAGUCAAAGUCGAGAGUUGUCCAGUGGUAAAUCUUAAUCGAAGAGAUUAUUCCUACUGGAAGGUUUUGACAAGUAUAACAAACGACGACGAGGACAAUUUCGAUAACUUUUUGUCCGUGGAGGUGGAAGCGCUUAAAUUCGCUCCGCCCCUGGAAAAGCUGGGCACUGAACGUUAUUUUUCAGAGGCAAAUUUAGAAAGGCUCCCAUGCGUUUGGGACGAGGAUUUGAAGGACCUUUUAAAGGAAGAGGAGCUCUACAAGAGGACACAUCUGAUGGAAUCCGACAAGGUUAUUUGA